AUAAAAACGAAGCUCUUCAGUGGGUGGGCAGUACGUCUUCUAAGGGGCCCAAUGGUAGUCGAGAAUCAUUGAGCACUUUACCAGUCACGCCGCAGAGUGGGCGGGGCCUCCUGCCCGGCCUUGAAGCCUCCCAGGCAGGGCGGGCAGGCGAGUCGCUGGUUGCGAAUCCAUGUGGCGGAGGCGGUGGACCCUGGUAGCCCGGGCGGCACGUGGGCCUCGCAGUCCCAGAUCUGGCACGCGUCAGGGCAGCGGCGCCCCGGCCCCCGGCUCCGGGGCCACUAUCUUUGCGCUGAGUUCCGGCCAAGGCCGCUGUGGCGUCGCCGUGAUCCGGACCAGCGGCCCUGCCAGCGGCCACGCCCUCCGGAGCCUCACGGCGCCCCGGGACUUGCCCCCGUCCCGCAGCGCCUGCCUGCGCCUGCUCAGCGACCCCCGCUCCGGGGAGCGGUUGGACCGCGCGCUGGUGCUCUGGUUCCCAGGCCCCCGAAGUUUCACGGGUGAGGACUGCGCAGAGUUCCAUGUGCAUGGAGGCCCGGCCGUGGUGAGUGGCGUCCUGCAGGCCCUGGGCAGGGUGCCAGGGCUGCGGCCGGCGGAGGCGGGCGAGUUCACCAGGCGGGCGUUCGCCCACGGGAAGCUGAGUCUGACCGAGGUGGAAGGGCUAGCGGAUCUGAUCCACGCGGAAACCGAGGCGCAGCGGCGGCAGGCCCUGAGGCAGCUGGAUGGGGAGCUGGGCCACCUCUGCCGCGGCUGGGCCGAGACCCUCACUAAGGCUCUGGCCCAUGUGGAGGCCUACAUUGACUUUGGUGAGGAUGACAACCUGGAGGAGGGCGUCCUGGAGCGAGCUGACAGCGAAGUGCGGGAGCUGGAGGUGGCACUGGGCGCACACCUUCGAGAUGCCAGGCGCGGGCAGAGGCUCCGCUCAGGGGCGCACGUAGUGGUCGCGGGACCCCCCAACGCCGGCAAGAGCAGCCUGGUGAACUUGCUCAGCCGGAAACCUGUGUCCAUUGUGUCCCCGGAGCCAGGGACCACCCGCGACGUGCUGGAGGCCCCUGUGGACCUGGCCGGGUUCCCGGCACUGCUGAGCGACACGGCGGGCUUGCGCGAGGGCGUGGGGCCGGUGGAGCAGGAGGGCGUGCGGCGCGCCCGCCAGAGGCUGGAGCAGGCUGACCUCAUUCUGGCUGUGUUGGACGCCUCUGACCUGGCCUCUCCAUCCAGCUGCAACUUCCUGGACACGGUUGUCGGCCCUGCGGGAGCCCACAGCCCCAAUGGCAGCAGCCAGCGCCUCCUGCUGGUGCUGAACAAGUCCGACCUGCUGCCCCCUGGGGGCCCAGACCCGAGUCCUGACCUGCCCCCCUACUUGCUGCUGUCCUGCCUGAGCGGGGAGGGGCUGGACGGCCUCCUGGAGGCGCUGAGGAAGGAGCUGGCUGAAGUAUGUGGGGACCCAUCCACAGGCCCACCGCUGCUGACGCGCACGAGGCACCAGCAUCACCUCCAGGGCUGCCUGGACGCCCUCGGCCACUACAAGCAAGCAACAGAUCUAGCGCUGGCGGCCGAGGCGUUGCGGGUUGCCCGGGGCCACCUGGCUCGUCUCACCGGUGGAGGGGGCACCGAGGAGAUUCUGGACAUGAUCUUCCGGGACUUUUGUGUGGGGAAGUAAGGGGCUGGUGAAGCUCGGACCCAGGCUGGUGAACGCCCAGAAGCCUUGAGGCAUCUGGGAACAGCUUAGGCCAGGUGGGUCACCCCCUACCCCCAGCCCGGGAAGAACUUGACCUCCAAACGGUGAGGC